GAAGAAUAAAAUCAGAGCGAAAUUUACCUGUGUAAAUGGCCUGUGUUCAGGUCUGUUUCACGCACACGUUUCAGAUGUGAUGUGUCCAGUGUGCCCAGUUCAGUUUACGGCCUGCGCGUGAUCGUUGCUGACGCGUGCUCACAGGCGAUGGAGAUCAUGUGCGGAAUAGUUGUAACCUCCACAACGCCGGUUGUCUCGUUCCUGAGUUGGCCAACGUGCGUGUCGUGAAACGUGUGUGUUUGUAAGCGGGGACGUGUAAUUGCUAAGUGGCCGUGCGUUCAAAGUUGGAGAGGCGAAGGACUCCGGGUGAAGUAGUGCUGCGAAAUGCGCUUGUCGACGCCGCAAUGGUGAGCUGAGGUGAUACUGGGGCAAUGGCGAAAGUCGCGAGAGGCUCCGAUCCGGCGCCUACGGUUUUGUUGUGCGAGCACUGCGCUAAUCAGACAUUCAACCAAAUUCAAGACUUCGUUAGGCAUUUGAGAGAUCAACAUUGUUCAAGAGAAGGUGGAUCUUUCGUAUGCCUCUAUGGUUAUAAUGCGGUAUGCACUAGUCUUCCCGUGGAAGGUGUUUCUGAUAAAGAUUAUAUAGCGCACGCCACUAAACACGCAGUUAUGCAACAGCAACGAAAGAGCAAUGGCCAGUUAUCCGAGGCAGGUUCAUCAUGGACAGUGUAUUCCGCUGCACAAAACUUACCUGCUGUCUUAAAUGAUCCGUUUAAAGGGAAACAGAGUAACUUUCUAACUCGCACCUGGGGAGAUGGAUUUGUGGAAAAAGUGGAUAUUCCAAAAAGCCCAUAUCUUCCUGAGGUCACAAUGCAACAUUUUGAAAUGUAUUUGAAAAAAAUUGCGAGGAGGUAUCGGAAACAUUCACGCAUGAACUCGAAUAUCAAUAGGCCAAUUACUCCAAAUGAAUUGCUCCAAAAUUUCCCUAAUCUUAAGAAAGUAAAGUCAUUGGAUCGUCUGCAGUUUGAUUUAGCUAAUAUUCCAAAGAUCUUCUUAGUUCCAAACUUAGAUCUUUCGCAAAAAGAUAAUUUUGUUGCUGUGUUUCCAUUUGCGAAAGAUGACCUUUUAACUGAAGAAUCUUAUGUGCAGAUUGUUAUGCAUGUAAAGCAAAUGCAAGAGAAGCUUAGUCACUAUCUGGAUGUUGUAGAAGUACGAAUAGCAGAACAAGUCGCCUCCAAAUCUCAAGCCUUUUUCCAGGCAAUGACAUCUCAUGAUGUGCUUAUGGAACAACUCACUCAAACUAUUACGGUUCUACAAGCACUUAGAAAAAAUAUUCAUGAAGUCGAUAAACAUCUAGUCAAGAAUUCUUUAGAAAUUUUACGCUUGGAACGUGCUAGAUGUAAUAGAUUAUUGGUAAAAGAAAAAUUAAAACUUAUGGCAACCGUACAUCAAAGUCAACCCAUGAUACAAUUAUUGUUGUCUACGCCGGAUUAUGUGGCCGCAUUGGAUCUUAUUUCUACAACGCAAGAAAUUCUCUUGCAGGAACUGAACGGAAUACAUAGCUUUAGACAUUUAAGUUCUCAACUAACUGAAAUGGAGAAGUUUGUGGAUAAGAUGCUAUCGACUGAGUUUCAAAGAUAUGCCACAGCGGAUCUCAAUAGACCAUUGGGUGGUGAGAAUACCGUCUUAGACGGCGACAAACUGGUCUCUAUCAUCUCUGGUCUACUGCGUCAGAAACAUUUUCAAUUCGUGGACACGUACAAAGAGGAAGCUGUGACCACUGUAAGAGCCUUAACAAAGCAACGGGUGAUAGAAGCUUUGGCGGCGAGUGAUUGUUGUAGCGAUCAGCAAGCAGCAGCUCUCGAAAUCGGAGGCCUUUCCUUGACGGAAAGAUUAACUUUACUCCACAAUACUAUACAGUCUUUCACAUUUCUUUUAUUACGAGUUAAGGCAGUUCAUGAUGUAAUGAAAGACACCGCGGACUUGUCAGCGGGACGUUUAUGCGAUGGCUCGUUUGACGAAUCAGUACCUGAUCGAUUACUGACCCGGGAAGAGCAUUCGCGAGUGAUCACUAAACUCAAUGAUAUGAUUACCUCUGUAUGUGAUUAUUGUCACGAGCGAAUGGGAAAUUUGCUUUCAGCUGGGACAAGUGAGAAGGAUAAAUUUCACAAUGAUAAAGACAAGAUAAUUGCUGAUGUCUCGUUGAAUAAAUUAGAGGAUAAAGAUUGUCAAACGUGGAAUGAUAAGAGCUCUUGGUUGAGUGAGAGAGCAACGGCCGCGCAAGUUUGUCAGUUAGCAAAUAUGGUUGAAGAAUUUACAUAUGCUUGUGAAAAACUUUGCGGCAAACAAUGUACUGCGUUACGAUCAGCAUUUAAAGCCCAAGCAAGUAAAUUUGUACAGCGCUUUCAUAAUGAACGCAAAACUAAGUUAACGUUACUAUUGGAAUCUGAAAGAUGGAAACAAGCUGAUGUACCGUUAGAGUUUCAAUCGUUAGUAACGUAUGUAUACGAGAAAAAGUGUUUUCCACUUAAAAUACCCACGUGCGAAGACGAUAUAAAAAAUGAAAGCGUAGUGAAUUUCAUCAUGGUUGGCGAUGAAAAAUUUGCUGUUGUUGGAACUGCUCUGAUGCUUAUUCAGAUGAUACACGAGUACUGCAGGACUGGUAGUGAAUUAAUUGCCUUGUCUGGAACCAUAGGAAGACUAUUAUACGAACUGUUAAAACAUUAUAAUUCUCGAUGUUGUCAACUAGUUCUGGGUGCAGGUGCAAUCCAAGGUGCAGGUUUGAAAACCAUUACAAGCACGAUCCUCGUAUUGGCGGCGCGAAGUCUUAAGCUUAUAUUGUGGUUUAUGCCCUUUGUCAAAGCACAUUUUCAAGCACUCGCAGAGCAAAAUCCUAGUCGAGGAGUUAUUGGUAUUAGUGGAGGAGUAGCUGUAUUAGAUAAUGUUGAAAGAGAUAUUCGUGCGCAUGUUCGUGAAAUCGAAGGAAAAAUUAUCGCUAUUGUAGAUAAUUUGUUAGGCGCACAAAUAUCUGAUUGGAUAGCAAGACCUCCGGUGCCAUCUAAAUCUUUCCGAACUAUUUCUAGUUAUCUAAUGAAACUUCACGAAGCUGUCUCUGGAAUUUUGCCUACCGUCGAAGUACAAUCUCUUUAUCGCAUGGUAAAUUCGUCAUUCAAGGAGAAGCUUAGAGAGCAACUGGUUCAGUUGAAUAUAGUGAACAAUGGUGGCCCACAACAUGGUGUGGUUACGUCGGAACUUACGUUUUACCUUGAAACCUUAAGAAAAUUAAAAGUUCUACCGAACGAAGAGUUAAAUGACAAUUGGAUGAGUGAUAUAUGGAGUAGAUAACAUGCAGAGCGCGUGAUAUACUGUAUUAUAGAAGCAAUGAAAUAUUAUAGAAAGAGGUGACUAAAAAAAAUAUAUGUGCAUUCGUCUUC